AUGAAUAAAUUAACUCUUAUAUUUAGAUGUGAAAAAUUGGAAUAAAAGUAUUAAGAUUCUCGUUAUUUGUAUACACUUCCUACCUGUAGAUCUUUGAAUCUAGUCAGUUUUUUGCUUUGCUUAUUUCGAAGUAUAACUUUUAUUUUUCAGAAUCAAAUGGUAGGUUUUUUUGUAUUUCUCUUCCUCACAAUCGUUGUCUUAUUGGCCCAAUUUUUGAUUCUUAAUAACAAAAGAAAAUGGGUUGAUUAUUAUUUGCUGUUUGUAAAUCAUUUUUUGAUGUUACAGCAAUAAUAUGUAGAGGAUGAGUUUGAACCAUAAGAAGCAUUUGUAUUUGGAUAGAAUUAAAUGUUAUUAAGUAUAAUGAUAAUCCUGGUUUGUGAUUUUAAAUUUGGGUUGAUUUAGAUAUUAGGAAAUAUGAUAAUAAAAAUUGUAAUAUCAAAAUAUUAUCAGCCAUCAUUAUCCUAUUAAACUAUACUUUAUUCUAUAAUAAUUGGAUUGAUGUUUCUGUAUGCUAUUCUAAAGAUAAAUUAAUAAUAUAGAUUAUCAUUUCUAUUUACUACUCAAGAUAGCUAACAAGGUAUGAAUCAACAUAAUUACAAUUUUAGAAUAAUUGAUACCUUUAUUAACUGAUAGUCCAUUUAUGCUGUGUACUUAUGAUAAAGAAAAUUUGUAAUUUUAAUAAAAGUUCAGUAAUCUUUAACAUCAUUAAGAAUUCAAAUAAUAUAAAACCAAUCAUGACGCUCUUAACUUCAUUCUUCGAAAUUACUUAGUGCAUGGAUAGUCUUUUGAAAAAUUUUUGUUGAGUAGACAAAAAAAGUAAGAUGAUUUAAUUGUUAAUAAAAUUUUAGAAUUAAAAUCAAUCAAUAAAAAUCAAGUAUAAAAAUUAUUCAUUCGUUAUUCUGAAUGUUUUAUUACAGAACUAAUAUACAUAUUAAUUAUUGAUAAGAAAAGAUAAGAGAUACAAAAUUUACAAUAAAAAUUAGUUAAUUAUGAAAAAGGAUUAAAUAAAUUUUAAAUCAAUUUUAGAAAUUUCAUUAAAAAUUAGAUUCUUAUUUUAGAUAAAUCACUAAAUUACGAUAAAAAUUCUAUUUAUAAGGCGAUUAUCAAGUUGAUAUAUAUUUUUUCAAAAUUUAAUAAUAAAAAGUCAUGCAAAAUCACCAAUCAAUAAUUUCUAUUAACUUUUAAAAAAUAUGCAAAAUUGUAUUCCUAGGCUUACGAUUAAAAGAAAAUCAAGAUUGAGGUUUGUUCAGAAGUUAAAGAUAUACUCACAAUUGAGAAUUGUCUAGAUGAUUUUAUGAUAAACUUCUUUACUCAUCUCUGUAAGACUAAAGCAGAAAUAAUAUAAAUAUAUCUUUGCAAAUCCUUUUCUUAAUAAAAUGAAUUUAUUGACAUUAUUAUUAAAGUAGAUGUUAUGUCAGAGCUAUAUAUUUUAUUGUAAAAGAGUACACAUUUUAGAAGAAUUUUAAAGACUAUAAGUCCUCAUGAUUAUGUAAUAUUAAAUGAUGAUAGUAAUUUUUAUCAAAGAUUUUUAGGUUUGACAGUACGUCUAUUUAAAAAUAUGAAUGAGAUAAAUCAAUUAAAUUCAUUUUUUAUAAAGGCUAACGACUUUAGAUAAACGAAAUGA